AUGCAAUUUCUUAUCAUAUUGACUUUCAUAAAUUUUUGCUUUGUGCUAGCAACAGCAAAGCUUUCUCCUGUUCUCCCUGGACAGAUUGCUUUGUACUGGGGGCAGGCUACUGAUACUCCAACCUUAGAAGAAACAUGUGCUGAUGAUGGCGUGGACAUUGUUAUCUUGAGUUUUUUAAAUGUCUAUCCAGAUCCUAUGGAAAUAAAUCUUUGGCCCGCAGAAUGUUAUCCAGAGACAUCAGAUGGCUCCUGGACUUAUACCUGUGAUGGUACCGAUGGUACUACGGAUAUCGUGUCUGGAAUCAAAUACUGUCAAAACCUUGGAAAAAAGGUUAUGCUUUCUAUUGGAGGUUCAACAGGUAGUAGUGAACUAACCAGCGAUGCCGAAGGCGUUACCUUUGCCGAUGAUUUAUGGAAGUAUUUUGGACCUGAUAAUAACAGUUCCAUCACAAGACCUUUUGGAGAUGCCGUUAUCGAUGGAUUUGACUUUGACAUAGAAGGUGGAAGUAGCACAGGUUUGGUUGCUACUGCCAAUGAAUUAAGAAGUAAGUUUUCUGAAGAUUCUUCAAAGACAUACUAUCUUUCUGCAGCUCCACAAUGUCCAGAAAAUGAUGCAUAUGUUGGACCUUUACUUAAUGGGGCUGAUAUCGACUUCGCAUUUAUUCAAUUCUACAAUAACUACUGCAGUUUAUCCGGCUCCAGCUUUAAUUGGGAAUGGUGGGCUGACUGGGCAAAUACCACAAGCAAAAAUAAAGAUAUCAAAUUGUUUUUGGGUUUACCUGGUUCUUCUGCAGCAGCUCCAUCUGGUGGUUAUGUCGAACCAUCUAUCGUUAGUACGGCUCUUACAGAUGACAUACUUCCAGAAUCAUCUAACUUUGGCGGUAUCAUGCUUUGGAAUGCUUAUUAUGCCACAAAUAAUGUGGUUGAUGAUGAAACAUAUUUAGAUGCAAUGGCUGAUUUGCUUAAUACAACUAGUGCUGUAUCAUCAACAGCCACAUCAUCAUCCUCAUCAUCAUCAUCAUCAUCCGCAUCAUCGUCUUCUGCUUCCUCUUCAUCAACGUUAUCCCUUUCUUCGACUACAUCAUCAACCCCAUCGUCUUCUGUUUCCUCCUCAUCACCAUUAUCGCUUUCUUCUUCUUCAUUUUCACCAUUAUCUUCAUCCUCAUCCUCCCUAUCCUUGUCAUCGAGUUUCUCCUCUAUCUUAACGACAACAGGUACAAAUUCAAUUUCAGAUUCAGCCAGUUCGUCCUCCAUACAGUCAAUCACUUCUACUGUUACAACGUCCACUUCAAUACAAAGUUCCUCAGGGCUAAGUUUGUCUCUUGCAGCUUCGUUCACUUUGUCAAAUACAACCAGAUCACUUAACCCUACUAGCACAUCCAUGGGCUACCCAGCUUCAUCUUCUUUAAGUUCUACCACAACGACACAAAGCCUGCAGAUUUCAUCAUCGACAUCUUUAAAUGCUGCCACUUUCGGAAACAUUUCAGAGUCCGGUACCUCCAUCGAUUACUGGAGAACUGUUACAAUUUCUUCAAACACAAAGAGUCAGUCUAGCACCAUUUCUAAAGAUUGGUCAGGCUCAUUACCAACUAUUUCCUCGAUAUCCAACAAUAGCAGUACUGAAGUUUUGGCCGCACCAGGUACAACAACUGUCAAAGUUAGUACUUACAUUUUUCCAACAUUUGUUCCUCAAAAUAGUUCUUCCGAGAUUCCAUCAAGUAUUAAAGAUGAAACCAAGACUACAGGGACAGAAUUUCAUUCAUUGCGCACAUCUAGUUCUGAUAAGAUAUCUGUACCAACUUCAGCCAUUCUUUCAUUUACAACCCGCUCAGUUGGUGCACCUAACCAGUACUUCGAGAAUUACAAUUUGUCCUCGUCUAUUUCGGCACAAAAUAUUACAACCAGCACCAUCACCUCAAUUCCUUGCUCUACAAAGAGUAGUUCAACCUUUAUCAAUACGCAAUCAGAAUAUUCAAUUCCAACUACUCAAGCUGCACCUGAGAGCAGUUCACAACUUUUGAGCUCAAACGUUCAUCCUACACUCAGUUUAUCAACGUUGCUAUAUAGCUCAGUUUCUUCCCAAAACUUUACGACACCAUCAGUUUAUAACUAUGAGGGAAUGGCUCCAAUGAUACAAACCACGUCAUUGCCUUUACUAUUAGUUGCCCUCGUCGGUGUCGCCAUCAUUACACUGUGA